AUGGAACGGAUGGGCAGCGCGGUGACCGUCAGCAUCCCCCAGGGUGCGCUCAGAGGCCGCAGGCUCAAGACACCCUCCGGCAGAACCUACUGCAGCUUCCAGGGUAUCCCUUAUGCCAAGCCACCGGUCGGGCCGCUCAGGUUCAAGCUUCCAACAGGAGAAAAUGCACAACUCAUCCCCGUUAUGGUGUGGAUCCAUGGAGGAGCAUUUUUGUUAGGUUCUGGGAAUACAGAGCUGUAUGGGCCGGAUUAUCUCAUGGAACAUGAUGUUCUGUUAGUGACGUUCAACUAUCGUCUUGGAGUGCUUGGAUUUCUAUCCACGGAAGACCAGUUGGUCCCCGGAAACGCAGGUCUCAAAGACAUGGUGAUGGCUCUGAAGUGGGUAAAGAGCAACAUCGCCAGGUUUGGCGGUGACCCGGGCAACGUCACCAUAUUUGGCGAGAGCGCGGGUUCCAUGUCCUGUCAUAUACUCUCCAUAUCUUCUGCGGCCAAAGGUUUAUUCCAACGUGUAAUUUGUCAAAGUGGAGUCCCAAUCAAAGGUCUGAUGGGUAGUGGUGGUAGAGAACAAGCAUUCGGCUUAGCCAGAGCCCUGGGUUUCACCGGGAACACCACGGAGGAACUGGUCGCCUUUUUGAUGGAACAACCGGCAAGAAGACUCGUCGAACAUGCGCCUGAGGCAGUUACGAAGGAGGUAAAGACUUACAAUCAACAAAUAAACAUACUCAACGUGGACAAAGCAGCCCUGCGAGAGCUCAACUUGAACUUUCAGAGAGCUCUACCCGCCACUAUUCCUGUCAAAAAGGAGGAGCGCAUCGCCGUUGCUCGAGACGUCAAGCGCUUCUAUUUUGAUAACCAGCCGCUAGACGAAUCUACAAUUGAUCUGUACGCUGACCUCCAUGCAGACCUUGUCACCAUAUACCCCUCGGUGGUAACGGCUAGGAUUCUCUCUUCCAUGCCUGCGGCUCAGCCUACCUACUUCUAUCACUUCGACGUCACUACAAAACUUAAUGUUUUUAAGAAACUGUAUGGAGAGCAGUUUUCAGGUGUCAGUCACUGUGAUGAUUUACCUUUCUUGUUUUCCGAAGAGAAAACGAAGGACAUUCCGAAGGGACCAGAAACCGAAGAAGGCAAAGCCAUAGCGCGUGUGACCCGGCUUUGGACCAACUUCGCCAAGACUGGGAAUCCAACACCAGAUCCAGCGGACCCUAUGUUGUCAGUGACCUGGUUGCCUUUCAAGAAGGACGAGGGAUAUUACCUAGACAUCACCAAUGAUGGGUUGAGUUCUAAGAAGGAUUUGAUGAAGGAUCGAGUGGACUUCUGGGACAGGAUCUUCAGGAUGUAG